GGCUCAAUAGGUGCCUCAACUGGCCCAAAUUGCAAUUCAGAAGUAGCAUUUAGCUCAGUAGCUCUUUCUUUGCACAACUCGUGCCAAAGAUGUUUUUCGGCGGCUUCCCAGGAGGCGACUUUCCCGGCAUGGGCGGAAAAGGUGGAGGUCGAUCCAAAAAUGUCGACAACACCAAGUUCUACAAGUUGCUGGAGGUCGAUAAGUCCGCCGGCGAGAGCGAGGUCAAGAAGGCCUACAGGAGGCUGGCAGUGAAGCAUCACCCCGACAAGGGCGGAGACCAGGAGAAGUUCAAGGAGAUCACGCGAGCAUACGAGGUGCUGAGUGAUGCAGACAAGAGGGCCAAGUACGACAAGUUUGGUGAGGAGGGCCUGGACAACGACGGGCCCGGAGACGCCUCCGACAUCUUCGAGGCCUUCUUCGGAGGAGGCGGGGGCCGACGUGGGGGCGGUGGCCGGAGGCGCCAGAAGACCAAGGAUGUGGUGCAGAAUCUCAAGGUCACUCUCGAGCAGAUGUACGGCGGAUUCACCAAGAAGAUGGCCAUCACUCGACAGGUCAUCGACAAGAAGAAGGGCGUCCAGGAGUGCCGCGAGUGCGAUGGCCGCGGCGUCAAGGUGGAGGUGGUCCGAAUGGGGCCAAUGAUCCAGCAGAUGCAGUCGCAGUGCCACUCCUGCGGCGGUCAGGGCAAGAGCUUCCAAACCAAGCAGGAGAGGGAGGUCUUGGAGGUGCACAUUCAGAAGGGCUCUCCUGAUGGGCACAAGGUCACCUUCAAAGAGAUGGCCGACGAGCAUCCGGAUGCCGAUGCCGGCGAUGUGGUCUUUGUGCUCAAGCAGCAGGAGCACGCGGACUUCAAGCGCAAGGGCGCUGACCUCUACAUCGAGCGCAAGAUCUCUCUGGUGGAGGCCUUGUGCGGCUUCACCAUGGAGCUGACGCACCUAGAUGGCCGCAAGCUGAUGAUCAAGACCCAGCCAGGGGAGAUCGUGAAGCCCAUGUCGCAGGGCUUCGAUCCCUUGGCCAGCCAGGAGCAGAAGACGGAGUGGGAGAUCAUUGAAGACUCCGACUGCCCCAGCGUGGAGAACGUGGCGCAGGCCGACACCACAGACAUCGAUACCUUGAAGAAGGCCUGCGAGACUCAGCUCAAGCGUAAGGGCAUCGACGUGGGCUGCUUCGUUGUGGAUGGCCAGCGUGCCUACUUCAAGCAGUGCACCCGAGAGGAAGCCAUUUCCGCCAAGAAGACUCGGCGCGGAAGCACGAUGUAUGUGGUGACAGAUCCCGAUGCAAAGAAGUCCUUCCGCAUGAUGAAGGCGGUCAAAGACGAGGGAAUGCCGACCUUCAAGAAUCCGUUUGUGCAUGGCAACUUGUUCCUCAUCCUCACCAUUGAGUUUCCGGACUCGCUGUCUCCGGAGAACCAGAAGGCCAUGGCGAAGCUGCUGCCGCCCCCGCUGCAUGUGCCCAAGUGGCAGGAGGAUGGAAACGCAGCUUUCAGUCUCGCUGCUCGCUUUGCCUUGAUUCCCCUUCAAAAGCGGCAAAUGCAAGUUGACAAGGCGCCGCCGAAAGACGACCAAUCAGUUGAGAUCCAUACAGUGACAGACAUCGACCCGGUGCAGUCCUUCAAUUCCAACAAGGUCAACAUGUCCGCGGGGGGCGAGGCCUACGACGACGACGAGGAAGACGGCCCCCGUGGGGGGCCUGGCGGCCCGGGGGUGCAGUGCCAUCAGCAGUGAGGUGUCCGAGGGCUCCUGAAUUGGCAGAGACUGAGAAACCAACCCAAGCGCUUCGCGAAUGCGGACCA